AUGUCUCCAUUUCAAGAAGACCCCAUCAUCGUGAUUGGAGCAGGGGUGACAGGCCUCUCGGUGGCGACGCUGCUGCAAUCCCAGUAUCCAGAGAUACGCAUCACCAUCAUCGCAGCCGAGACCCCGACCACAACCUCCCCCUCGGCAGACUAUGCGUCGAUGUGGGCAGGGGCACACUAUCGCCCGAUUGCCGGAUCCACGGCUCAACUCAAGCAAGAAGCGGAGAUGGCACAGCGGACAGCAAAGGUGAUGCGACGGAUUGCACAGGAGAGUCCCGAGGCUGGCGUGGCGUUCCUGCAGGGCGUUGAAUAUCUGGAAGACCCGCCGGAGGAGAUCCUGCGUCUGAAGACCGGGGAUGUGUAUGCCUCGACAAAUGAUGAGUUCCGUGUCCUCGAGCAUGCGGAACUGCCUUUCGGGGCAAAAUGGGGUUGCGAAUACCGCACCUGGUGUGUCAACGUGCAGCCUUACUGCCAGUGGCUUCUGGAUCGCUUCAUCACAAAUGGCGGCCAACUCAUCGGCCACCGAUUGUCGAGCGCCGCGGACGCCUUCGACUUUGCUCGGCAGAUAGGACUGGGUAGAGUGAAGAUCAUCGUCAACUGUUCCGGUCGCAACUUCGACCAGGAUCCAAAGGUGAAGAUCAUCCGCGGUCAGACUGUGCUGGUGAAGCAGCGAUACAGCAAGACAGUGACGCGGCAGAAUCGCGAUGGGACUUGGACGUUCCUUAUCCCUCGUCCGAACGGGGGUGGCACCAUCGUAGGCGGCACGAAGGAGAUUGGGGAUCCGGAGACACGGCCCCGGCCGGAAACCCGACAAAAGUUGCUUGAGCAAGCUGCCCAAGCAUACCCUGACUUCGUCGACUCGGUUGACAAGUUCGAGGUGUUAAAAGAGAAUGUCGGGAGAAGACCAUGGCGGGAAGGCGGGUUCCGAAUCGAGACUGAGUCGGUUGCUCCUGGCCAGAGAAUCGUCCAUGGGUACGGCGGCGGCGGCCGGGGAUACGAGUUGAGCUGGGGUGCCGCUGAGAGGAUUGUUGAGCUCGUCAAAGCAUCCGCUCCAGCCAAAGCCCGAUUAUAG